CUCUACUUAGCUUGUCAUCAACCCCCGACGCUGCUGAAAUUUAAUUUGCUUGGAGAAGGACUAGAUUGCACGCAAAUUGGCAUCAACAGCUAUAGGAAGGGCGCACGACCCGGCAGCGGGAUCUGAGCGCGCUGCACGCCUCGCAAAUCAAGACCCAGAGCGCUGCUGUGCAAAUCGAUCGCUGUUCUUCUCUCAUCAGCGAGGGGUUAUGGACGCCUUGGAGAGAUGUUCACAGAGAGAAGGCGGAUCCGAUGCGAAGCGCCCACGUCGAAAGUGGAGGAUCAACAAUUUGAUAGGCAAAGUUGUGCCCCUCAUUCUAUUGACGUACAUCGUUGCCGCAUACAAGCUGGUCGUGAUUGAGCACGGAUACAAAGAUCGCUACAAGACACGCGGUCAAGUGCUUUCCGUCCUUCUUCAUCUCCUUCCAGCACACCUCAUCUUCCUCCUCGCCCUGCGAGCCUACCUACACAUCUACCUCUCCCAUUCCUCCUCCUCCAGCUCCUCCGCACAUUUCCUCACUCGUCUGCUCGGCGCUCGCAGGCCCGCCUUACCAAAAUAUCCACCGUCUGAUUGGCGGAACAGGAUCUUCGAAUGCGAUGCGGCUGGAAGACCGUCGAGGUGUUGGAGAGAUGCGUGCAAUGGGAACUGGAAACCUCCGCGCACAAGACAUUGCGGAGAUUGCGGAACAUGUCGCGCAGGCUUGGAUCAUCACUGUCCCUGGUUUGAUGCGGAUGUUCAAAUCCCACUCACCUCCCCUUCAUUCUUGCACUUUCUCAUCCUCGUGCCCCUCCUGUACCUUUUUGCGCUCUUUCCAAUGUUCGGUAUCGCAUGGAGGCACACACGCCUUAUCUGGAUAUGGGCAUGCGAUGUCGACAACGUCCAAAGCCGCGAGUGGUGGGCCAACAAAUGGACCUGGAUGGGCGGACCUGUGUGGAGAUGGGUAGGAGGCUGGAUUGUCGCUUCGAGGUCUUACACAGCAACGUCGGCGCAGAUCACUUCUUCUCAUUCCAAACUCGUCGCCAUUCCCAAUUGGACAAUGCCGCUCGUAGUGACGAGCGGUGCAGGUCUAGUCUUCAUAGCUCUAGCUUUGCUCUUCUCUUCCCUAUCUUCGCUCAUGCAAGGUCAGACGACGAUCGAUAUGGAGCGCAGAAAGGCCUAUUCUCGACAUGUUCGCUCAGUCGAGCGCAAGCGGACGACUUCCUCUGGCGAUUCGGCAGGAGUGCGGGGAAGAGAAGACGACAGCCUCGCAGCGCCGCAUUCGGGUGCCAUGCCAGAUACAGACGAGGAAACCCUUCGCCGUUUGAGUCCCAUCUUGUAUUUUUGGGUUCCUCUGGCGCUGAUCGAUGAGGAGAAAAGCACAAAUGACUACGAUGCGGACCAGCUCGAUCAUCAUAUCGAUGCGCAGCACGUGUCUGUACAAGAGGGAGGGAUCGUCCUGCCCACGUUGCUGCAGGAAAGACCUUAUGAUCUGGGAGAUGCAUGGUCCAAUCUCAAGCUCGCUCUUGGAAUGUCGAAAGCCAGCGACGAGGAUGAACAAUGGACGCUUGACGCCUUGGUCGAAGCACGGCUUAAAGCUACAGCAGCUCGAAUCCUGCACAAGUCCAGAUGACACCAGUCUGAAUCGCGCUGCUUUGUCAAUCCCAUCAUACAUUGGCAACUUGACGCAUACAUUAGCAAAUCCGAGUUGCUCGCGGAGCGGCGAAGGCUACGGGUACAUGACCAAGCACCGAAAGGCAAGGCAGAUGACGAAAAAAGGCCCUAAAGACGUCGGCAUG